ACAACAACAUCAGUAGCAUGAGAACUGUUUUUUUUUUUUUUUUUCUAGUUACAGAUCUAACCGAGUUAGAUCCACAGAACUAGUUUUUAACCGGGCUUCCUUUUUAUUUUUAAUCAGUUUCAUUUGAAUUCUUCUUCUUCUUCCUAAGUUUUGUUUUGUGGAUAUUACAUCAUUUGACAGAAAAGGAAGUGGCUUGUAGCUUCUUAGAAGCUUUCCAUACAGACUGGACUACACAAAACCUGAUUUUUUAGCAGGACCAAAAAGGUUAUCAGUGUUGUAAGUGUGCAUUAGGAUGGCAGCUUUAGCUGGGGCGAUUCCAAGAAUGAUGCGCCCAGCACCGGGACAGAAUUACCCACUCAGCGGAUUCCCUCUGGAAGUCUCUACCCCUUUAGGACAGGGCAGGGUGAACCAGCUCGGUGGUGUUUUCAUUAACGGCAGACCUUUACCAAAUCACAUCAGGCACAAGAUAGUAGAAAUGGCUCAUCACGGCAUAAGACCCUGUGUCAUCUCACGCCAGCUCAGGGUCUCACACGGCUGCGUCUCCAAAAUCCUGUGCAGGUACCAGGAGACAGGCUCCAUCAGACCUGGCGCUAUCGGUGGAAGCAAACCAAAGCAGGGGACCACGCCAGACGUGGAGAAGAGAAUCGAGGAGUACAAGAAAGCUAACCCGGGCAUGUUUAGUUGGGAGAUCCGGGAUAAGUUGCUGAAAGAUGGCAUUUGUGAUCGGAAUACGGUCCCCUCAGUGAGUUCAAUCAGCCGUAUUAUGAGAAGUAAAUCUGGAGGCAGGGGGGACGAUGAAGAAGAAGAGGACGAGGAGGAAAUCGAGAGGAAGGAGUUUGAAGAACAUGAAAAGAAAACAAAACACAGUAUCGACGGGAUACUCGGAGACAGAUCGAGCCAUUCCGAGGAGGGGUCAGAUAUCGAAUCAGAGCCUGACUUGCCCCUGAAGAGAAAACAGCGUCGCAGCCGCACCACCUUCACCGCAGAACAACUGGAGGAACUUGAGAGAGCAUUUGAGAGGACACACUACCCCGACAUCUACACACGAGAAGAGCUGGCACAGAGGGCCAAACUCACAGAGGCUCGCGUUCAGGUCUGGUUUAGUAACAGAAGAGCAAGAUGGAGGAAACAAGCAGGAGCCAAUCAGCUGAUGGCUUUUAACCACCUGAUCCCAGGAGGGUUCCCACCAUCAGCAAUGCCCGCACUUCAACAAUACCAACUGUCAGACAGCCCGUACCCACCAACGUCUAUAUCACAAACAGUGUCUGAGCAGAGCAGUACAGUGCACCGGCCCCAGCCUCUGCCUCCCACCUCGGCCCACCAGAGCAGCCUGAACUCAGCCCCUGAAAGCGGCUCUGCCUACUGCCGGCAUGGCUUCUCGGGCUACACAGACAGCUUUGUGACUUCGUCAGGACCCUCCAAUCCCAUGAACCCGGCCAUCAGCAACGGCCUUUCACCUCAGGUAAUGGGGCUUCUCAACCCAGGGGGUGUACCUCACCAGCCACAGAGUGACUACGCCAUUUCACCACUGACCGGAGGCCUUGAACCCAGCACUGCAGUGUCAGCCAGCUGCAGUCAAAGACUAGACCAUAUGAAAACUCUAGACAGCCUUCCCAACACCCAGUCCUACUGCCCCCCAACUUACAGCACCUCAGGCUACAGCAUGGACCCAGUCGCAAGUUACCAGUAUGGACAGUACAGCCAGAGUGCCUUUCAUUAUUUGAAGCCCGAUAUCGCAUGAACUGAAAUGUCCUACGAAAAACUCAAAAGUUAACCCUCAAAGGCGAUCUCAACCGGAAGCCCCCGGAAGACUCUCCAGACUGGUAAACGCAGUCAGAGUUUGACACUUAAGACCAAAAUAACUGCCUCUUAACCUCCCUUGAAGCUGAUUUCUAUUCCUCAUCAAGCUUUGAAGAUGAAGCCUGUGCCACCCACAAUACUAAGAAGGACCAUUAGGAACUGACUUUAUCAAAGACACACUCUCUUCUCUCGAGGCAACAAAGAUGCUACAUCUCAAGGAACUGUCCUGAAAACAUUUUGAACUUUUGUCAUUUUGGACACCUUUCAAAACCUAAAAUAUAAUAAAAGCUCUACCUACACAGAGGUGCUGACCUCUAAUACAGCAACAUUAAAAAAGUGAGCUUUUUGAGGAUCUUUCAAUGACUGGUGUCACUGUGUGAUCAAAUAUCGAAAGAUGACCAGUUAUAAUCCAGGCUGGAAAGUGAAAGACACUUUUUCAUGCCGUGAAGGCAAUGGAUAGAUUCCAGUCCAUUCACAGGGGUACAUGAAAACAUGUGAAAGAAGACGCACCAGUCAUGUAUAUAAUGUAUCACAAACCGCCUAUGUGCAAUAUUAUGUACCUCAGACGUUACACAAAAACAAGGCUUUUUAAAAUGUGUUAUAUGAAAUCAAAAUGUAUUGUAAAAAUUUACAUUUUUACUUUUUGUAUCAGACCUUAAGGGUGAACAGUUGUGGGCAUCACACCUGCUGGAGGACAUACUCACUUUCAUUAUUCAUGUAAAAUUAAUGAUUUCAUGGUGCGUAAAUAUGAGGUACAUGAAUGGAAAUCAUGUAUUUUUUAAUCCUGUAAAAAAAAAAAAAGAAAAAUAGAAAGCACAUUAUUUUUUUCAGUUGAAACAGCGUACCAGACAUGCAAGUUGUUUUUAUUGGGCAUCCUUGUAAGUGCUUCUAUGUAAAACAGGACUGCAGCUACAAAGCUGCAUUGUUAUUUAUUCCUAUGUAUUCUUAGCUGGUGACUAGUGCAGGACUUGCUCAUCCCUGUUUAGCAAUCCUAGUUAUUGUCUCUAGAAGUAGCACUCAACUGUAGACUGUGCAUUCGACUCAAUGGUAAAGGGAGUAUGCUUUUUAAAAAAAAUUUGCCAACUCAGUCUCUUUUGCUGUUUGAAUGAUUGUGAUGUAA